CUCUGACUCUCUUUCUUCCCAAAAGAAAGGAAAAGAAAAGGUUAAACUCUGGAGAUUUUAAUCCAUUGUUAAACUUCGCUGUUAUAAGAAUUUGAUUUUUAAGCUGGACUUAGAGGCAAAAAAUGGCGAAUUUCGCCAUUAAACCUCAUAAAGCUAACAACUUUAAAACCCAGAAGUUCAGAAAUGAUUUUCAAACACCAAAUCUUGUGCAUCACCCACAUAAUUUAUUACACCUAUUUCCCACAAAAACCCAUUUGAAAUUAAGAUUGUUUUCUAAUUUUGAACAAAGGGAAAAUGUUUUUUUGGGCAAAAAAUUAGGCAGUACAAUCACUAGAUUGAGAGUUGAAGAUGAUGUAGACCAAUCAUUACCUUUGGUUGCAGCUUCUAAGGAUGAAUUUGAUCAUGAGAGAGAGGAGGGUUUUGAGUGGAAAUGGCCUCCUUGGAAGAAUUUGCCUAAAAGAUACAAGCUUAUUGGUACCACUUCUUUGGCUUUUGUCAUUUGUAACAUGGAUAAGGUGAACUUGAGUGUUGCUAUAAUUCCAAUGUCGCACCAGUUUGGGUGGAAUGCAUCAGUUGCUGGAUUGGUACAAUCAUCUUUCUUUUGGGGUUACGCGUUAAGUCAGUUGCCUGGUGGAUGGCUUUCGAAAAUAUUUGGGGGCAGGCAAGUUCUAGCGCUAGGAGUCUUGGCUUGGUCAUUGGCUACUGCAUUUGUUCCGGUUCUAGCUGGAUAUAUGCCAGGAUUAAUUUUCUCUAGAAUCCUGGUUGGAAUUGGCGAAGGGGUUUCACCAUCAGCCGCGACAGAUCUUAUUGCCAGAACCAUACCUUUGGAGGAGCGCUCACGGGCAGUUGCAUUUGUUUUUGGUGGGUUAAGUGUUGGAAGUGUAGCCGGGCUUUUAUUGGCUCCUCCAAUCAUUCAGAAUUUUGGCUGGGAAUCCGUAUUUUACUUAUUCGGCCUUCUGGGAGUAGUAUGGUUUUUGGGCUUUCAGUAUAUUGAAGACGGAGAGGCUAAGUCAGCUGCUUCAAGCAUGCCUAGUGUAGAAUCUGUAUCCAAUAAAAAAGUGUCGUUUAAUUCCUUGGAGGAGCUAAAAUCUUCCUUGAAGGAUGUUCCAUGGAAGGCAUUUUUCCGAAGUCCAGCUGUCUGGGCAAUGAUAUAUGCACAUUUUUGUGGAAGUUGGGGGCAUUAUACUUGUCUAUCUUGGCUGCCGACUUACUUUAGUGAGGAGUUGGAUCUUAAUUUGACAGAAGCCGCAGGGGUUGCUGUACUUCCUCCCUUGGCUUCUGUUAUUACUACCAACUUUGCCGCGCAAUUUGCUGAUUAUUUGAUUGCUCGAGGAAUCGAUACAACUACAGUGAGAAAGAUUUGCCAAACCAUAGCUUUUGUAUCCCCGGCUUUUUGCAUGACUCUUUCCUCAAUAGAUUUAGGGUUGCCGCCUUGGGAAGUUGUGGGGUUACUAACUAGUGGUUUAGCACUCUCAAGUUUUGCUUUAUCAGGGCUUUAUUGUACACAUCAAGAUAUAUCACGUGAAUAUGCAAGUAUACUUUUGGGUAUAACCAAUACUGUUGGGGCAGUACCAGGCAUUGUUGGUAUAGCUCUCACAGGUUUUCUGCUUGAUUCAACCCAUUCGUGGAGUAUAUCACUGUUCGCACCCUCAAUCUUCUUUUAUUUGACUGGUACCGUAGUUUGGUUAGCAUUUGCAAGCAGCAAACCUCAAAGCUUUUCCGAGUUAGAGUAGACUGCAUCGGAUUGGAAUUGAUGCGUCUUUUUGCACUUAUAGAUUGUAAAUGACCUUUUGUCAAUCUACCAAAUACUGCCCCUCUUUUGUAUAUUCAUCAUAUAGAAGAUAUAUAUUAUCAUGUAAUAUUUCACACAGCUAAUAAUGCUGUUGGUACUUAAUCUAUUGGGCUUGAGGUUGAUAUAUGUAUCUAGAUAUUUUGAAUUAGCUAUGUAUUGAACCUCAUUGAAUCAUGAAUAAAAUACAAAUGAUGCAUUGGUUAUA